UCUUCUUUUUUAAAAAAUGUUAUUACCUAUAAUUAUUUUUAUUAACAGUAUUAAUUAAUUAGUUGAUUAGUUAUUUAGGUAUUUAUUAUUAAAUGCUACAGAAAACUGUCGUAAAUUUGUAGGGGAAUGGUAUUGAUACACGAAGCAUUGUGAUUGGCUAAAUGUACUGAUGAUGAUCAUGAGGACGAGACGACGGUGGUAUGGUAAUGUUGCGCGCAUAGUUUUACUGGUUUUGCCUUUGCUGGGUGGUGCAGAGUAUUGAUAUUAAUUUUGAAAAAUAUGGAUGCGACACAAAAGCGUUUUGCAUGUCUUUUGGAGGCUAGCCGGCGAGGUUUUACACUUAAAACCGACCCAAGUGGUUCCGGAAACAGAUGUUUUUACCAAUGUAUUGCCAGUUAUCUGUCGGCAAAGGAACAUGAGGUGUUCAAAAUUGUCCAACUUUUUAUGUUGGCAAACCAGAUCGUUCAUUCAGUAGAGGAUGGUGUUCUGCAGCAACAAAACCUGUUUGAGUUCUUGUCCAAUGCUGAUUUUCCCAAUCUCACAGAAAGGCCAGCUACAUGGGAGCAGUGUGUCAUAGCUCUUCAAGAUCAGAUGGCCAGUCAUGUUGUCAUACGGGCAGCUGCGACAAUCUUCUCUUUCAAUUGUAACAUCAUCGAUUGGAGAGGGAGAAUCACAGUUGCAAAACCCUUCGGUGAGGUACGAUCUGGGAUCUCAGAUGUCUUCCUUGCGUACACUGGCGACCACUAUAUGCUUCUUACAUCAAAUGUUUGUUAUCGGCCCAUCAGAAUGAACGAUAAAGCUUCUGAGAGACAUAAAGGGGCCGAAAUGUUUUAUCACUCCGGACCAGAAGAGUAUUACCCAGGAAUCAGUGUGUUCAAGGGAAGGCCAAUAAAGCUUGAUGAACUGUCAUGUGAAAGUAUUAAUCAUGAUACGAAGGAUGAUUACACAUACAUUUUAUCUGAUGAGAGCGAGACCAUUAGCCGUGUCAAAAAAAGAUCAAAAAAGGACAUAAAAAACAAAAAACCUCAGAAUACAAAGGAUGAUUGCACAUAUAGGUGUAUUAUAUCUGAUGACAGCGAGGAUAACAUCAGCUGUGUAAAAAAGAGACCAAAAAAGCGCAUAAAUAAUGAAAAGCACGAGAAUACGGAGGAUAAUUACACAUAUAUCAUAUCUGAUGAGAGUGAGGAGAACGUCAGCCAUGUAACGAGACUAAAAACGCAUAUAAAAAAAGAAAAAUAUGAGAAUACAAAGGAUGAUUGCACAUAUAGGUGUAUUAUAUCUGAUGACAGCGAGGAUAACAUCAGCUGUGUAAAAAAGAGACCAAAAAAGCGCAUAAAUAAUGAAAAGCACGAGAAUACGGAGGAUGAUUACACAUAUAUCAUAUCUGAUGAGAGUGAGGAGAACGUCAGCCAUGUAACGAGACUAAAAACGCAUAUAAAAAAAGAAAAAUAUGAGAAUAUGAAAGAUGAUUCCACCUAUAUCAUAUCUGAUGAGAGUGAGGAGAAUGUCAGCCAUGUAACAAGACCAAAAAAGCAUAUAAAAAAAGAAAAACAUGAGAAUGCGGAGAAUGAUUACGCAUAUAUCAUAUCUGAUGAGAGUGAGGAGAACGGCAGCUAUGUAACGAGACCAAAAAAGCCUAUAAAAAAAGAAAAACGUGAGAAUACAAAGGAUGAUUGCACAUACAGGUGUAUUCUAUCUGAUGACAGCGAGGAUAACAUCAGCCGUGUAAAAAAGAGACCAAUAAAACACAUAAAUAAUGAAAAGCAUGAGAAUGUGGAGGGUGAUUACACAUAUAUCAUAUCUGAUGAGAGUGAGGAAAACGUCAGCUAUGUAACGAGACCAAACAAGCAUAUAAAUAAAGAAAAACAUGAGAAUACAGAGGAUGAUUGCACAUAUAGGCCUAUUAUAUGUGAUGAGAGCAAGGAUAACAUCAGCUGUGUAAAAAAGAGAACGAAGAAGCGCAUAGAAAAAGAAAAACCUCAGGGAGUUUUUUUAAUGGAAGAACUAGUCAGUUCGAUGAGUGGUCUUAGUUCUGCUGAUGUCACACCAAACAAACCAAAGAGAAAGGCAACUAAAUGCUUAUUUUCAGAGGAUGAGGACACAGAUGAUAUUCUGUUGCAGAAGGGUAAGAGGACUUACAUUAAUCAAACAAAUAUUGAAAAGAUGGAUGCAGUGCAAGUGGAUAAAAUCCCACCUACUCCUAAUGGUACUGUAAAGUUCCAGGUAGCGUAUAAUAAAAAAGAACCACUUUCCAAUAUUUGUGAUAGUUGGAACUGGCAGCGUGCCCAGCCUUGCAAAAGACGUGGAUUUUGUAAGGGUGGCAGACGGACGUUACAGAUUUGUGGCGGCUCCUUGGUGUGUCACAAUAUGGAUUGUGCGUAUAACAAAAUCUACAAGAUGUCAAAUAAAGUGGAUUUCAGUAAGAGAAAGAACUGUUUACAUUGUAAUCAAGAAGCCUUCAAAAUUGAUUGUGCUGCAAGAAAAUAUGUGGAAAAUGAUCGAUGCCAUAAAAUCAUGACAGUUUAUUAUGUCGGAGAGCACAUUUGUUCACCACGCGCUAUUGAAACAUUGCCCAACAAAGAUGAAGUAGAAGAUAUUAUUCGCACAAGGCCAACAAUUACAACCGGCCAAAUCCAGUUGGAAAAAGUCAGAGAGGCAUUGCUAGAUGGCAGGGAUGCAAAUGAGGUAGAAUGCGUUGCCCAGAAAUUCAGCAACUCAAGGCACCUUCGGUAUCUUCGAAGCUUGGUAAAUGAAAAAUCGAGACCUGGGGGGUCAGACAUUGAGGCAGUUCGUCUUUUAAAGGAGGAUUUUGAAAAACGAGGUUUAGAUCAUAAUUUGAUUUUAGAAGUUGGAGAAGAUUAUGUGUUACUUUCAAGUGAACAGAAACUUAAAAUGGCAGCCCUCAUUACCAUUAAUAAAAUUAAUGAACCAGUCAGUCUUGAUGGAUGUGAAAGUCAUGCCAGAGACUACACAGAACUAGAAUUGACAACAUAUGUUCCAGUUUUAAGAAGGAAUGUAAAACUUGCCAAUAUAUUUGUACCAAAACCUGGAGAAAACUCAGAAAAUGUCCAGAAACUGGUGGAAAAAUUUGAUAAAGCUGUGAACGAAAUAUUGCCAUUAGUUGCCUUAGAAUAUAACCUUAAGUCAGAAGAAUUUCUGGGUAAGGGUCUGGAUGCCUCUGCUUACGUCGGAGAUGAGGGAGGCGCCUUAUGGGGAGGUCUAUGUAAAGCAAAGGGUGAUCAUAUUAAAAACAAAACUAUAUCAGAUUUCUUUCAUUUUAAACAAGAUCUGAAUCGACAUAAGGUCUACUUUCAAAAUGAUAAGGAUAAAGCAAAAUUUCAAACAUUGAUGCUUGAGGCCUAUAAUGCAGUCACAUCUAUUCAGGCAGACGAAGCAGAAAAGGCCCUAGAAAAAUUAAUAUCUAAGCAGUCCAGCAAUCCAACAAAAAUGAUGAAUUACAAAAUGUGGUGGUGGAGGAGAAGGGUUCGGUGGCAGAAGUGGUGUAAAACCUAUUCUUCAUGUUCAGCGUCCUCU